AUGUGUGAGCUGGAAAAACUCCUCAUCCGCCGCCCCCCACCCCCGUCACCCCUACUCCUCCACCCUCCACAAUCAGGUCUAGAUAAUUCCAGCUCCUUCCAAAGUGUCCCUGGUCUGACACCAGCUCUACACUCUCCAGCAGUGACACCCCUGAAGUGCCUAACGUGCCACCUUCGCACACGGACAGAUCGCUGUAGAAGAGGCUUUGGUUCCUGUAUUGCUCAGACGUUUGAGUCGUGCAUGUCUUUAAAGAUCUUCCAGGAUAACAUUCUGCAGUUAUCAUAUAUGGUGUGUCAGAAAUUCUGCAGAGACUUGACAUUUGAUUUCCACAAUCGGACUUACGUUCAUAAAUGUUGCAGAUACAAUUAUUGUAACAUCGAAAUCUAAGAUAUUUGCCCUCCCGAGGCCUCACUCUGAAGUGUUGAUGUUUCUCACCCUUCAUA